GAAGUAGGAAAAAAAGACUGAGGAGGCAUAAGACACAAUCAGCACACACUCCCUAUUUUGAAGCUUUGGGCUCUAUUCAAUGGCAAAACCAUUGCAAAUUGAGGUGUACAAUCCUAAUGGAAAAUACCGGGUUGUCAGCACAAAAUCCAUGCCCGGAACCCGAUGGAUUAAUCUCUUGGUCGAGCAAGAUUGCCGUCUUGAAAUAUGCACACAGAAGAAAACCAUAUUGUCUGUUGAAGAUAUAAUUUCUCUGAUUGGUAACAAAUGUGAUGGAGUCAUUGGGCAGUUGACUGAAGACUGGGGGGAGACCCUGUUCUCUGCAUUGAGCAGGGCAGGAGGGAAAGCAUUCAGUAACAUGGCUGUGGGGUACAACAAUGUCGAUGUUAAUGCUGCCAAUAAGUAUGGUGUUGCUGUUGGAAACACUCCUGGAGUACUCACGGAGACUACAGCAGAAUUAGCAGCUUCACUUUCUUUAUCAGCAGCUAGAAGGAUUGUUGAAGCAGACAAUUUCAUGAGAGCCGGUUUAUAUGAUGGAUGGCUUCCCCAUCUGUUUGUGGGAAACUUGCUUAAAGGACAGACAGUUGGUGUCAUUGGAGCUGGUCGUAUUGGAUCUGCUUAUGCUAGAAUGAUGGUUGAAGGGUUCAAAAUGAACUUAAUUUACUAUGAUCUUUACCAAGCCACUCGUCUCGAAAAAUUCGUCACAGCUUAUGGCCAGUUCCUUAAAGCCAACGGUGAACAGCCCGUGACAUGGAAGAGGGCCUCGUCAAUGGAGGAGGUGCUUCGAGAGGCUGAUGUGAUAAGUCUUCAUCCAAUAUUGGAUAAAACAACUUAUCAUCUCAUCAACAAAGAAAGACUUGCAAUGAUGAAGAAGGAGGCAAUACUUGUGAACUGCAGUAGGGGCCCUGUUAUACAUGAAGUAGCACUUGUAGAGCAUCUGAAAGCAAAUCCUAUGUUUCGAGUUGGUCUUGAUGUCUUCGAGGAUGAGCCCUACAUGAAACCUGGCCUUGCAGACAUGAAGAACGCUAUUGUGGUGCCGCAUAUAGCUUCUGCUUCCAAGUGGACUCGUGAAGGAAUGGCAACACUAGCUGCUUUGAAUGUCCUGGGAAAAAUUAAAGGAUAUCCUGUUUGGUCUGAUACAAACCGUGUGGAACCAUUCCUGGACGAGAAAUCUCGACCCCCUGCUGCCUGCCCAAGCAUCGUGAAUUCAAAAUCUUUAGGUUUACCUGUUUCAAAGCUUUAAAUAUGAAAACUGUCAUGUAUCAGCCAGUUGAGGCAGCGCACAAAUUUUCGAGAACUAGUGAGGUACAAGACUGUUAAGGAGAAUGAUAAUAGUGUAUGUCUUCUCCAAAAUUGUUGUUUACAUUGUAAAAUUUCUGUAUUAUGUUAUACAAAAUGACUUCCUACUUGUUCUCUCUUUAGCAUUGUAAAUUUUCUGUAUCAUGUGAAGAUUGUUAUGCCGAA